GCGGCGAUGUGAUGUGGAUGAAAAUGACACGGGAACAGAGAUGAUGAUUGAAAUGGAUAAGUAUAAAUAGAGGGAGUCGUUUAUUCGUUUUAACUUUUCGUUUCUUUCCUUUCUGUUUUUAGGAGAUCAUGAUGAGGUGUUUUCUGUCUUGCUCCCAUUAGGGUUCUAUUUUCUCUAACAAGGGCUUGCUGUACAGCUUGAUUGUAUAGAUGAGUUUGGCCGGCACGGAAAGCUCGGAAGAGGGUGCAGGGCAUCCGGAGCCACCUGAUCCUGAUGUUCUCGAAAUUGAUCCUACUUGUCGCUACAUCAAGUAUAAAGAAGUGAUCGGCAAAGGAGCCUUCAAAACUGUUUACAGGGCAUUUGAUGAGGUCCAUGGAAUUGAAGUUGCAUGGGGCCAGGUUCAGAUUGAUGAGGUGUUACAGUCACCGGGUGACUUAGAUAGGCUAUACUCGGAAGUGCUUCUCUUAAAAUCGCUGAGGCACAAUAACAUAGUAAAAUUCUACAAUUCUUGGAUCGAUGACAAGCGCAAAACUGUUAAUAUGAUUACUGAGCUAUUUACCUCGGGUAGCCUCAAACAGUAUCGCAAAAAACACAAGAAGAUUGACAUGAAGGCAGUCAAAAGAUGGGCAAGACAGAUUCUAAUGGGUUUAAACUACCUCCACAGUCAUAACCCACCAAUUAUACAUAGGGACUUGAAAUGUGAUAAUAUAUUUAUCAAUGGUCACCAAGGAGAAGUUAAAAUUGGAGAUUUGGGGCUAGCGACUUCCUUGACAAAGGCUAAUGCCAAGAGUGUUAUUGGAACUCCGGAGUUUAUGGCACCUGAGAUGUAUGACGAAAAUUACAACGAAUUAGCUGACAUAUAUUCAUUUGGUAUGUGCAUGCUUGAGUUGGUGACUUCUGAGUAUCCUUACAGUGAGUGCAGAAACUCGGCACAGAUAUACAAGAAGGUUUCAUCUGGUAUAAAGCCCGUUGCUCUUUCUAAAGUGAUAGAUCCAGAGAUAAAAUCAUUCAUCGAGAAAUGUCUUGUUCCAGCAUCCCAAAGAUUGUCGGCAAAGGAUCUUCUGAUGGAUCCCUUUGUUCAAGUGAAUGGUUCAACAAAAAGCAUUUCUUUUCCAUUGCCGGAUAUUGUCUUUCGCAAAUUGGGAGCCACUGAAAACAGAUGUAUGAUGUCAGAAGGUCCUGCUAGUGCACGUAAUGGGGCCAUUUCUAUGGAUCUUGGUGACACUAACGAGCUUCCUGUAAUUACUGUACUUGGUAAUUCCAAAGUUGAUGCAUCAUGUUCUCGAAGUGUUGAAAUACGAAGGUUGAAGGGAGGUGAUACCUUCUUUCUAAAAGGUGAUGGAAAUGAUGAGAACUCUGUAUCAUUAGUUCUGCGGAUAGCUGAUCAAAGUGGACAAGCAAGAAAUAUCCAUUUCAUCUUCUACCUUGACAGUGAUACUGCUGUCUCAGUUUCAAGCGAAAUGGUUGAGCAACUUGAACUUUCUGAUCAGAAUGUAAAAUUUAUAGCUGAGUUAAUCGAUUUGUUGUUGAUGAAUUUGGUUCCUGAAUGGAAACCUUGUGUAGCAAUUGAUAAUUUGGUUUCUGUAAAUGGUAAAUGGACUAAUGCUAGCCAACAACGAGAUGCGGAGUUGGCUAAAGACAAAGGAAACUCAAAACAUUAUGCUGAAAAUGUGGCUGAAGAUGCAGGUCCCUCAACCUCAUUUGGAAGAUUGGCUGCAAAAGGGAGCUUCGACAAUAUGGAUUUGUGUUCUGAGAUGUCCUAUGCUUCUGCAACAUCAGACAUCAAUGAUAAGUUUUCUAUGGUUUCAUUUAUGUCUGCUGAAUCAGGAUUUGAUGGAGUGAGUCUUAGCUCGUUUGCAUCUGAAACUGGGGAAGCAAUUGAUUAUAGAAGCAAGUUUUUCGACACGGGAAGCAGCAGUGUGAUGAGCAUCUCAAGUUAUCCUAUUAGUGUUUCCUCCUUGUCUGAACCUGAUGAUGAGUUGAGAGCAGAGUUAGAAAUUAUUGAACAGAAAUAUCAAGAGGCAAUUAGCGAUUUAUCCAGAAGAAGAAACCUGGCCAUCGAGGAGAUUAAAAAGAGAAUGUCAGAGAAGAUAGUAUCAUAGAAUGAUUUCAGUAGACUCUUUUCUUUUUUUGAGUACAAAUUUUGGUAUUUUACUACUAUUUCUUUUUGUUUGGGGGCAUAGAAGAAUUUACUAGUCUUUUUAAUAGUUACCUUUUAUGUCCCCUGCUCUCUUCAUACCCGUGAAGAGACAUGUAAAUACAGCGCAGUGGAGGAGAAUGUUCUUUUAUUGUCGCAAGGUGUUUUUCUUUCCAAAUGGUUUAUUGAAGUUAUUCUUGACACCGUCCACCUAUUGUACAUGAGUCUUACAAAACUCCUUUUACUUAUAUUUUCA